AGGUUUUCCUGUCAUUCACAGAAAAAUGGAUCAUUUAAACCUUUGGAGGACUCAGUUAUCACAAUACUUCUAUACUACCAACUGAGAUUCAUGACAGUAAAUUUACGACCAUAAAUGUCUGCAUCAUAGAACUGCUGAAGAACUAAAAGAGAAUAUUCUUUAAUCUUCUUAAAAUUUAUUCCUAAAAAUAAUCCUAUAGUAUCAUGAUAUUACUAAAUUAAACUAGAAGGCACAAUUAUUAAAUUAUUAGACUUGUUAAUAAGAGCACACAUGUGCAAUGGCUACUGUAUCCUGACAGUUACCAAACCUCAAAUUUCGAUGAUUUCCCUUUGUGGGAAAGGUCAUUAUAUUUGCAAGAGACCACUGAACAUUGUCAUCAAAUAUAUUUUCAGCUGAGUGUCAUUUAGGAGAAUUUACUUGAAACAAGUUCUAGAAAAUUCCAUGCCCCACCACUAAGUGGAUUUGAUAUUAUGGCAGCAACUUACAGACUUGUGGUUAGUACUGUGAACCACUACAGCAGUGUGGUGAUAGACCGGCGUUUUGAGCAAGCUGUACAUUAUUGCACUGGAACCUGCCACACCUUCACACAUGGAGUUGACUGCAUUGUGGUCCAUCAUAGUGUUUGUGCAGACCUCUUACACAUCCCUGUGUCUCAGUUCAGAGAUGCAGAUCUGGACUCUCUGUUUCUACCCCAUGAAAAUGGGUUUUCCUCAGCUGAAGGUGACUAUCCCCAUCAGGCCCUCACAGGCAUACCCAGGGUCAGGAAAGGAUCUACAUUUCAGAACACCUGUAACUUAAAGGACAUUGCAGGAGAAGCAAUCAGUUUUGCCAGUGGGAAAAUAAAAGAAUUUUCCCUUGAAAAACUCAAAAACUCUAACCACGCAGCUUACAGAAAGGGAAGGAAAGUUAAGUCUGACUCAUUUAACAGGAGGUCAAUUGAUUUUGACUUGCUCUGUGGCCAUUAUAACCAUGAUGGGAACUCCCCAUCCUUUGGUUUACUCCGGAGUUCCUCAGUCGAGGAAAAAUCUUUAUCCCAUAGAAACUCACUCGAUACGAGCCUGACUUCAUUGCUUCUUCACAACUUCUCUGAAGAAGACCUGGUUACUCAGAUUUUGGAAAAACAUAAAAUAGAUAAUUUUUCUUCUGGAACAGACAUAAAGAUGUGCUUAGACAUCUUGCUAAAAUGCUCUGAGGAUUUGAAAAAAUGCACAGACAUCAUAAAACAAUGUAUAAAGAAAAAGUCAGGGAGUAGCAUCAGUGAAGGAAAUGGUAAUGAUGCAAUUUCUAGCUCUGAAACUGUCUAUAUGAAUGUAAUGACCAGGUUAGCAUCCUAUCUGAAAAAGCUACCAUUUGAAUUCAUGCAGUCUGGGAAUAAUGAGGCUAUAGAUUUAACAGAACUGGUCAGUAAUAUGCCUAGUUUACAACUGACUCCCUUCUCCCCAGUAUUUGGCACUGAACAGCCCCCUAAGUAUGAGGAUGUUGUCCAGCUCUCAGCCCCUGACUCUGGACACUUUCAAACUAUAGAACUGCAAGAUGACAAGCACAGUUCUAGGAAAACAGACACUGUAAAAUCCAUUCCAAACAACUCUACAAAUUCCUUGUGUAAUUUAGAGAUAAGUGAUCCCAGACCUCUAAAAAAUGUCCAGCUUCAGUCACAGUCAUUAACCAUGAACGCUGUAGAAAAUGUUUCUUCUGGUAAUCUAGUGGAAACCCUUUAUAUUGAGGAAGAGUCAGAUGGAAAGAAAGCAUUAGAUAAAGGACAGAGGACAGAAAAUGGACCCAGUGAGGAGCUGUUAAAGGUAAAUGAAGAUAGAGCAGAAUUAUCAGAUCGUGGUACUCAUCUUAAAAAAUGCCCUGCCUCAAUGCAAAAUGAAAUUGGUAAGAUAUUUGAGAAACCAGUUGUUAAUCUACCUGAGGAAGAUCUUAAAUCAAAAGUUCCUAAAGUUGAAGAGGGAAACCACAGAGAUUUCAUUAAUCCUAACAGUCAGGAAGAGAUAGAUAAAUUGUUAAUGGAUUUGGAAUCUUUCUCACAGAAAAUGGAGACCUCUCUAAGAGAGCCACUUGCCAAAGGUAAAAGCUCUGUCUCUCUAAAUAGUCAUAGUCAGUUGACUGGUCACCUCCCUGUAGAUCUUGAGCCUAAAUCUAAAGUCUCUUCACCCACGGAAAAAGUCUCACCUUCCUGCCUAACAAGGAUUAUUGAAACCAAUGGACACAAAAUAGAGGAAGAGGAUCGAGCCCUCUUACUGAGAAUUCUAGAAAGCAUUGAAGACUUUGCUCAAGAACUGGUUGAAUGCAAAUCAGGCAGAGGGAACCUAUCACAAGAAAAAGAGAUGAUGCAAAUUCUACAAGAAACCUUGACAACUUCCUCGCAGGCCAGUUUAUCAGUCUGUAGAAGUCCUGUUGGUGAUAAAGCCAAUGACACUACCUCAGUGGUUUUGAUUCAGCAGACCCCAGAGGUGAUCAAGAUUCAAAAUAAACCAGAAAAGAGACCUGGAACACCACUUCCACCUCCAGCCACCUUUGCAAGUAGUCCCCAACCUCUCUCCCCUGUUCCUCAUGUGAAUAAUGUUGUGAAUGCAACAUUAUCCAUAAACAUUCCACGGUUCUACUUCCCUGAAGGACUUCCCGAUGCCUGCAGUAAUUAUGAACAGACUCUAAGCAGAAUUGAAACUGCUUUCAUGGAUAUUGAAGAUCAGAAAGCAGACAUUUAUGAAAUGGGAAAAAUUGCAAAGGUCUGUGGGUGUCCUCUUUAUUGGAAAACCCCCAUGUUCAGGGCUGCAGGGGGAGAGAGGACAGGAUUUGUGUCAGCCCAGUCAUUCAUUGCCAUGUGGAGAAAGUUGCUGAGUAACCAUCAUGAUGAUGCCUCUAAGUUUAUCUGUCUUCUUGCAAAGCCCAGCUGCAGCUAUCUAGAACAGGAUGAUUUUGUUCCUUUACUUCAGGAUGUGGUAGAUACACAUCCUGGCCUCACGUUCCUGAAAGAUGCUCCAGAAUUCCACUCCCGCUACAUCACCACGGUUAUUCAGAGAAUAUUCUACACAGUCAACAGAUCUUGGAGUGGAAAAAUUACUGCAACAGAGAUAAGAAAAAGCAACUUUUUGCAAACUCUAGCGCUUUUGGAAGAAGAGGAAGAUAUAAACCAAAUCACAGAUUAUUUCUCCUAUGAACACUUCUAUGUUAUUUAUUGUAAAUUCUGGGAACUAGAUAGUGAUCAUGACCUCUACGUCAGCCAGGCCGAUCUGUCUCGAUACAAUGACCAGGCUUCAUCAAACAGGAUUAUUGAAAGGAUAUUCUCUGGGGCAGUAACAAGGGGAAAAACAGUACAGAAAGAGGGAAGAAUGAGCUAUGCAGAUUUUGUUUGGUUUUUGAUUUCUGAGGAAGACAAAAGGAACCCCACCAGCAUUGAGUACUGGUUCCGCUGCAUGGAUGUGGAUGGGGAUGGUGUGCUCUCCAUGUACGAGCUGGAAUACUUCUAUGAGGAGCAGUGUGAACGGAUGGAAGCCAUGGGCAUUGAGCCCUUGCCAUUCCAUGAUUUGCUGUGCCAGAUGCUUGACCUGGUGAAGCCAGCCAAUGAUGGCAAAAUAACUCUACGAGAUCUGAAGAGAUGCAGAAUGGCUCACAUCUUUUAUGACACUUUCUUUAAUUUGGAGAAAUAUUUAGACCAUGAACAGAGAGAUCCCUUUGCAGUCCAGAAGGAUGUUGAGAAUGACAGUCCUGAGCCCUCUGACUGGGACAGGUUUGCUGCUGAGGAAUAUGAGACCCUUGUAGCGGAGGAGUCUGCCCAAGCACAAUUCCAGGAAGGCUUUGAAGAUUAUGAAACAGAGGAACCUGCCUCUCCCUCUGAAAUUGGAAACAAAGGCAAUAAAAUAGUGACCUCAAGCCUUUCAGAGAAAUGUGGAAAGCUUCAGUCAGUGGAUGAAGAAUAGCUGCCAAUGUCUACAUGAAAGGGAGAUAUGUAUUUUAAAUGUUGUUUUCUUGUGAAGAGAUGCUGUAGUUUGCAUAUUGCUUUUUAAAGGCUUUGAUUUCUGCAAGUGCAUUAUCUGCAGCACUAGCAAUUUUUUAACGUUUUUGAGCAAUAGCUCUGGAUACACAUACCCAGUUUGGGAGACUCCUCCAGUUUGCCUCAAACCUCUUACAGAGCUUUUCCUCAGAAGCAAGUAAGAUAUACAUCACCUUCCAACGUCUGUGAAUCAGCACUCUUCACCCCUGAAUGUACCAAGGAUCUCUUGGGGACAGUGCCAAGCACAGUUCUCUGCACAAAAGCAGGAGUUGCCUCUGUUGUCCAGCAUCCCUGAGGCCCAUCAGGGCUCCUAUGGAGCCCAGAAGAAACCUUCACUUGCAGAAAACUUGAGUCAAAAAAUUCUGGAACUUGAAAAAGCAGUCAGGGCCUCCAGAACUGAAUUAGCCCUGGUAAUAAAAGCACUGCCAAAA